AUGGCUCUUCUGCAACACACUGCUGCGGCCUCAUCAAAUGCUAGUGUUGUCAGCAUCCCGGCACAAUACACAUAUCUUCUCCCUGGAAACUUCACUGGAGAUCCAUCUUACAGCUUUGCGAAUGGAACAUCAACUACAGAGCCCUCUGUCAACAACCUUCUGGCGGAUGCUGCUCAAGCUCCGUUCAUCUCUUUUGAUGACGAGUUCCUUGACCUCUUGGGACCAAAUCCUACACCUCAUUUGAUCGAACAGAGAUCAUCGAACUUUGCAGGCGAGGCUGGUGUUUGGAUCAAAGAGCGUGGUGAGGUGUGGUAUACGACCUGGAUCAAUGAUGGACCCACACACAUCGAGAUUUUGAACCUGACCGACAACUCUAUACGUAGACCAAACAUCUCCGAACCUAUUGAGAAUCCAAAUGGAGGCUUCUAUCACCAAGGCCUCGUAUACUUCACCAGUCUCCGCGUCAUGACCGACAACUCAAGCAGCGGCGGUGUUGUAUCAGUGGAUCCAGAGACUGGCCAUGUUGAACAAGUUUUGAACUCAUACAUGGGUCUCAAAUUCGACAGUAUCGACGACGUAGCUUGGGUGACCCAACCCGGCACGAACAAGUCGUACAUGUACAUCACCAUCCUACCUUUUACAAUCCUCGGAGACAGUCCUCUCCCACUCGACCGCCUUCCUCAAGGGAUCUGGCGCUUCGACCCUCAAGAACAAGUCUUGCUGCCGGUGAUCAGCAGGACUGACCUCCCAGUCGCAAAUGGUGUUCGUCCAUCUCCAGACCAAAAACACCUCUACGUCACAGAUUUCGGUGGCGAUAGCCACGCUGCAGCUUGGGGCCUACCAGCCCAAGUCGGCUCACCUUCCGUAUACAAGUACGAUCUUGACGACGAGAUGUAUCCAGUCAACAGACGCGUCAUCGCAUCAGCAAGGAUGCAAGCUCCAGACGGCGUUCGCGUGGACAACAAAAGUAGACUUUGGACUGGCGAAGGAGAAGGAGUGGUUGUCCGGAAUCGACAUGGCAAAGUGAUUGGCAUUUUCAAUGCUCAGUGUUUCACCAGGGAUGCUGUUAAUGUUGCCAUUGUGCAGUUUGCAUUGGCUGGAGACGAUUUGAUAAUCUUGGGUCAGGAUAAAUUGUGGCGUGUCAAGCUUGCGGAGAUGUUGGUUACGGUGUCUAGCUAG